GAAGUCUUACCUUGGCUAGUGUAGUCUUACCCUUUUAUCAACCAAAUCCGCGAAAACCUAGCUGAACCCUUCCACCGCGACAUCGCGCAGAGUCGUGACGUCACACAUUUUUGCAUUCAGCUUUUGGCUCCCUCUCUUCAUUGUUUGAAAUGUACGAGACAGGGAAAUACAUCGCCAAGAGAUGUUUAAACUUUAGUUCAAAAAGUUAAUCAAUUUUGGUAUGUUUUAUAAUCACUGACCUCACAUUGUGCCUAGUUCAUUCGAUAGUAUAAAGAAAACGAGACUUUUUAGACCCAAGUAUUUCCUUUUCAAUGAGCUCCCCCUCCCUCCUUUUUUCCCCUGCCCAAAGCCUUUCAUUGCGUAAGCCUAGGGCCUAGAUCUAGUAUGAAGAGUCCCGACUAGUGUUGUUAACCCAAUCAAAAAUUAAAUUGGGACGCCUAUUAAAGUAUCUUAUGCAAUUAUUUGUUUGAUAAAGUUUCUUAGGUCUAUUGUUAGUACCGAUCCAGAUUUUCUUUCUUUUCUGUCGUAUGAACAAGAACGAAAAAUGCUAUGUACUGGAUUGUGGGAUGAAACAACCCUGAAGAAAGAUGCCAGUUGCAACAAAAUUUGUCUUGUGAUGGCUGCCAAUUAUCAAAAAGAGAAACCAGUAUCCCAUACAUAUGACUAUGAGAGCACGGACAGUGAGGAGUCCGAUGAGGAGGGACUUACUCUAUUGCAAAGAGCGGAGCACGUCAGAAAAAGUCAAGGUAUGUUUGAGACGGAGGUCUGGUUUGGUGAAGAGGCGGACUCUGCCACAUUGAUGAAGGAAUGCAAGAAAAAUCCAGGACACUACAAUUUUCGUCACGUCAGCGACUUCAGGCAACACCACUUGCCUCGUGAAUACAAAGAAAGAAAAUUGCAUCGGGCUAUCAAGACUUGUGCUGAUUUGACUGUGAAACUCUCAGUCUUCUUCACUAGCCGUGACCGGCCAGAAAAGUAUCCAGGCUCAGACAGGUUAUAUCCGUUUUAUCAGAGCAGGGGUAAUUUUCAAUAUCGACGGGGCGGCACUGGUUGGGUGUGGAAAGUGGAAGAGUAUGGAGAAGGGAAGAAGGAGAAAAGUGGUCCUUGUGAAUGUCAGGAAUGCAAAGGAUCUGACAAUCCUCAUAAAGUGUGGUGGGAGAUAAUCAUUAUGACGGCUGCGCAUGUUGUAUUUGAUGAGAGUGAAUGCAUCAAAACGUAUGUGACAUUUUGGGAUGAGAUGAAAAGUAAACAUUGCCCCGUAAAACUUAAAGGCCAUGGUAUGGGAGACAGCAGUAUUGCGGCAGAUAGAGGUAUGUUCAUGUGUGUGACCCAUGAUGCUGACUUUUGCAGAAAGCUGAGAACUUUAUGUAAGAGAAGGGCUGAAUUAACGGGCUAUUGCGAUGAUAAAUUUUGUACUAAUGACGUUCGAGGCUUAUCAGUUGUUAUUUCUCAUCCCCAUAUGGAUAAAAAGAGGAUAACUCUUGGGUAUGGUAUUGCCCGAGUAGACGAAGAGCUGGCAUCAUAUUACUCCUAUGAUGCAGACACAUGUUUUGGGAGUAGCGGAGGUUUUGUGUGGGCUGUUGGAUGGGGUUCACAUCAUGGUUCAGUAGCUCCCCACAGCUAUGGCUAUGAGAAAAAUUCAGAUUACCUUUUUUCUACUAGUCACAAUAAGAGUGGUUGGAGCUGGCCUCUGAAUUAGACUUGACUGCAUGGUGUUGGAAGUUUAUAGAUUAGGCCUGGAGUCUUAUUGUAAAAGACUGUAGAUCUAGUUUUGGAUGAAAUUUGAGUUUAUCGAUUCCACCUGAUAGGUCAAAACAGGGCGCAAAAUUCUGGCUUAGCGUGGUAUCAUAUUAUAAUCAAUAUUUUAAUGAAAUAUGGCGGGGAAAAUGUUUUGAAGAUAUUCAAAGAGACUGGCUGUAAAGCUGUGUUUGUUUGGCUCUCCUGCACAUUUUACGAAAUUGAAUAUUCUGUAGUUUUAACUCUGUGUCGGGGGGGGGGGGCUUAUUUUGGUAUGAAAUCUGAAACUGACAUGCACAUCACUAAACUGGUCAUUACUCCAAAACAAGUGAACAUAUUUCUAUAGUUCUUCUUCUAAUAAAAGGGCUCCCAGUAAAAGAGACCUGCUGCUGAAUAAUAAUUGGACGUCCAAGUUAACGUAAAGGAAUGCACUGGGAGAGGCUUGCUGGAAAUAAAGAGUUAAAAUAAAACUCCAGGGGCUGCUGGACUCAUCAUGAGAUUGCGGGUUCAGAGAUUUUGAGGCUCAGCUCUGUCUGAUGUUGUGUCCUUGGGAAAGACACAUUACAUGAAUUUUCUCAUUUGGUUACAUCCUAUCAGAGAUGAUGGAUGUCGAAUGCGCUUGCCCUGUCCCUUAAAUAACCUAACAGUGAGUAACAGUGUCACAAGGGUUUAAACUGUACAAAUUCAUUUCAGACUUGACAGCUGUGCCACAUUUACUAACGAUAAAUAAAGCAAGCCUGCCAACUGUCCCAAACUUUUCAAGCCCCCCCCCCCCCCCCCCCCCCCCUCGAGCGAGUGGAGUUCCUGCGCGCUGUGGGCAUCGCUGACCACUUAUGACAGCACAGUGCCGAGGGGGGGAGGAGAGAACUGUCCCAAAUGUGGCAAUCAGGUUGGUCAAGCAGAAUUGUUGACAUGUACCUCAAGUCUGAGUGUGAGUGUGUGCGUGCGUGUGUGUGUGCACGCGCGCGUGUGUGUUGUUUUUAAAUUAAUACGCUAUUUUUUUUUUGUCCUUUGAUUUGUCUGAUGUCACUGUAAAUACAACUAUAAUGGUGCAUAUAUAUACAUAUAUAUAUACUAUUUUCAAUGUUUCAGUUUCUGUUUGAUAAGAGUUUUGUGGCACUCCCAACUGUAUAAAGUCAUAUUUGUGUCACGACACGGUGGAAUAAGGUGCUCGUCAAUUUUUGGACAUGUGGAGUUGUUGGUAUCGUGUUAAAGCUUGUUCAUUUGUCUUGCUUUCGGUGAAAAAAAAUACUCAUCUAUCAUUAAUAGGCCCCAGAAGUCGAGAUAUUUGCAAUUGAAGGUGAUGGGGUCGCCUGGUUUCACGGAUAAACUUAGCGAGAAUAUGGCCACCAAAGUUUGGUGACUUCCAUAGCUUGAGUCUUUACAGGCUGCUAGAGGCUGCACAUUUACAGUUUUGUGCCUUAAAUCAACAUGUUUCAGUAAAAAAAAGACACACAGAAAUGUGUUUUUAAUGGUGUUGAGCCGAAAAAAGAAAAUUAGAAAAAAA